UAUAUACUUCAGUGCUUUAAAAGUGGCCCGUUUGAUUUUUUAUGCCUUAUAUAUCAUCAUCAACGAUGACUUUACGUUUUUGACGUAACAUUAAACAAAUCACUGCUGAGCUGGUAAUUUUAUCGUCAUUGUUUUCCUUCGUUGAAGUUGAAGGCCGAAAAGCUCCACUGCGUGCUGGCUUAUCAGCUAGCGUAUAGUUUCUAAUUUGUUAUCAGCGGAAAAAUAGGCAAAUUAUCUCAUCCGAUGCAAGCAGUCAGUUGCGAAGUGUCAGUCACGCUGAUCAGUUGAUUUCUACAUACGUACUAACUUUGUUCAAGCUGUGCGAAUGGAGCUGCACGGUGAGCUAACACGCGACGAGCUCAACGCAAUAGAGCGGGAGUUCACACGACUGAAAGACAAAUGCUACCUCGACCAUGCUGGAACGACACUGUACGCGGAUUCGCAAAUCCGUGCGGUUCAGCAGUGCCUAACGGAAAACCUACUCUGCAAUCCGCACACCAGCCGAACUACGGAAGAUUUGAUCGAUCAGGUUCGCUACCGAACCCUGAAGCACUUCAAUGUACGGUCGACGGAGUACAGCGUGAUAUUUACGUCCGGAGCGACGGCCAGCCUUCGGUUGGUAGCGGAAUGUUUCCAGUUUGGCACCGUCGGAUCGUUUGUGUAUUUGCGUGAUAAUCAUACAUCGGUUUUGGGAAUGAGAGAGAUCGUGAAUACCGAAAGAAUUGUACCGAUUGAAAGGAGCCAAUUGCUGCCGAAAUCUGCUACCGAAACUGAAGCUAAUGUAGAUGCUGAUUCGCUACUUGUUUUGCCGGCACAAUGUAACUUUAACGGUGUUAAGCAUCGGUUGAAGGUGAUAACGGAGAUACAGCAAAAUGGUCUUGAGGGGCACGAUCGAGCACGGAUGCAUGUUUGCUUGGAUGCAGCAAGCUACGCGGGAACGAGUUUUCUAGAUCUAGGCUUGUACAAACCGGAUUUCGUUUGUUUAUCAUUUUACAAAAUAUUCGGAUUUCCAACAGGCCUGGGAGCUCUACUGGUACACAGAGAUGCAUCCAGUUUGCUUCGCAAACGGUAUUACGGAGGAGGUACGGUAAAACUUGCAAUGGCUGGGCAGAACUUUCACGUGAAGCGAGAUUCUUUGGUUGAGUGCUUCGAAGAUGGUACUGUUCCAUUCACUUCGAUUGUGUCGGUUUUGCAAGGGUUUGAAACACUUGACCGCCUGGUGCCUGCCACUGGACCUGGGAGAAGUUCGAUUGAACGAAUUUCGAUUCACACAUUUCUUCUUGGUCGAUAUUGUUACCAGCGAUUGGAAGCACUCCGGUAUGACAGUGGAACCAACGUGGUUCAGUUGUAUCACGAUACGAAGUUCGAAAACUGUUCGAUGCAGGGCGGCAUAGUGAACUUCAACGUGUUGCAUGAGGAUGGAAGUUUUGUGGGUUUCGCCGAGUUUGCCUACUUGGCCAGUAUUCACAAUAUCAUUUUGAGAACUGGAUGUUUCUGCAAUCCUGGAGCUUGUCAGCGAUUGCUUGGCUUGACAGAUGAAGAUGUUCUGAAGCAAUUCAAUGCAGGACAUGUAUGCGGUGAUUCCAACGAUCUAAUCGAUGGGCAACCGACUGGCUCGGUGCGAGUAUCCUUUGGCUAUAUGUCCCAAAAGAAAGACGUUGAUCGUCUUUUGGAAAUGCUGGAGGAAUGUUACGUUAGGAAAACGCUCCGCAAUGGGAUCUCCCGGAUGCAAAUCGCUUCCAGCUACAAGAAACAUUUUCAACCUCGACUGAAACUGAUUUGUUUGUUUCCGAUUAAAUCUUGCGGAGCGUUUAAAAUCACUGACAGUUGGCCAUUGUGUCGUAAAGGAUUAAAAUAUGACCGAGAGUUCGUGAUAGUUGAUGAAAAUGGCGUUGCUCUAACGCAGAAGAAGCAAACCGAAAUGUGCCAUAUCCGACCAAGAAUCGAUCUCAAAAGCGAGCAAAUGGUUCUGUUCCACCCAGAUAUGCCCGAGUUUACCCUGAACUUGCAAAUGCUGGCGAGGUUGUCAAACGGAAAUCAAUCGGUCAAGCUUUGCCAGACCAAGGUCUGUCAAGACGAAGUUCAAGCCGUGGAUUGCGGAGACAAAGUGGCCGAUUGGAUUAGUCUUGCUUUGCAAACGUCCGGUUUACGUUUACUACGUCAAGCAGAGGGCGAGGUGCGCACUGCACAACAAUCGUCGACCAAAGAAAUUGCCCUCUCCAAUCAGGCUCAAUAUCUGCUGAUUAACCGAGCAUCAGUCCAGUGGCUGGCUGACAAAGUGCCCGACUGGGACGAUUUUGAAAUGGGGCGUAAUCUUGACUCAUUAGUUGAUCGAUUCCGUGGAAACUUGAUUGUUGAAAGCGUACCACCUAUGGAGGAAAUUCACUGGAAGCACGUAACGAUUGGUAGUAAUCUGAACUUUGUCGUAGAAGGUCCGUGCUCUCGCUGCCAGAUGGUUUGUAUCGAUCAGACAACAGGUUCUAAGACGGUGGAACCACUGCGAACAAUUGCUCGCGAAUUUAAAGGUAAGAUGCGUUUUGGAAUCUACCUUUCACAUUUGGCUUUGGACCCAGUUUCGGACGAGAUAUGGUUACACUGCGGAUCGAUCAUCGAUGGGACAAUUGAAUAACACUCUUUACUAGCAAACUACGUUAAAAAAUAUACCUCACUGGAGCUUCCACCGUUUCUAGUUAAGUUGAUCGUUAGUAUGUUACUGCACUACACAGUCUGUAAUAGGUUGCUCUUUAACCCUUUGUAGCGGUUGUCCAACUUUAGCAGCCCGAACCUGUUGCACAACUUCGGCAUACUCAGGAAACGCCAACGAAGCUAGCUUGGAAUGCACAAGCGUAUCGUUGAUUUGCACUUCGAACGAUCCUCGCCGUCCGGUUCGGCAGGUUACUUGCGCGUCGGGCACGCUUUCAGCAAUCACGCGGCUCAGCUCGAGGCACUGCGGCUUUGAGUUGCAAACAUUGCUGAUAGGGGAGAAAUUUAAAAAUUUACUCGUUGGUGGAUGCUAGACUAGUGCAGAACAAGAAACUAAACCGGUAAAAGACUAUAGCAUUUAAUAAAAAACUUUGGUGCUAC